AUGAUUGCCUCGAUAUCAGCUGAAGAGUUCCAGCGUUUCCAGUCACAACUACUCGAUUUACGCGAAGCACAGAUAACAGCGAAUGAAGCUCGGUUGAAAGCAGAAAAACGUGUAAAACAAUUAGAAGAAGAACUUUCACACACUAAAUUAACUCUAGUCGAAGCUCAAUCAACUUCAGCCAAUCGUUCACGUCUUGAAGAGUUGAAACAAGAGAAUGCACUUUUACGUGAUAAACUAUUGAGUACAGAAUCAUCAUUUCAACUGCAGUCGUCAACUCUACGCGCUGAAUGUCAUCGUUUAACAAAUGAAUUAGAUGAAUUACAACAAAAACUAUCACAAAGUAAUAAUAAAGUGAAAAAUUCAAAAUUAUGCCAAACAAUUAAUAAUAAUAGUCAUAAUACACUCAAUAUUCAACAUAAAUCUAUACAAGUCAAUUGUGAUGAUCCUGAUGAUUAUCAAAUUCCCGCUUUUUUGAAGCACAACAUUGAACAACUUGAACAUUCAUUAGAAACCGCCAAUUCAACACAUCAUCGGUUAAAACAAACUAUUGAACAGCUGAAUAGUCGAGUUACUCUACUCGAGAAUAAAUUAUCUGUGGAAAUAUCUAAUUAUCAAAAUCAAAUAGAUCAAUUGAAUAAUGAGAAAAAUUCCUUGUGUACAGAAUUGCAUACAUAUCAAGAAAAGAUGAUGCAAUCUGAGGUAUUGGAAAAAGAAUUACGCAAUCAAAUUGAUUCAGUAAAACGUCGUAGUGAAAAACUGAAUCAUGAGUUAAGACGUCAAUUGAAUCGAUUUCUCCGCGGUUGUAAUAAUAACAAUAGUGAUGUAGAGGCUGCAAAUCUACGGAAAACUUCACUACACUCUUCAUCUUCGUCGUUGUCGAGUAAUUUUAAUGUAACCGCGGCGACAACGACGAUGUCAGGUUCGUCAACAUCUCAUGGAAUACUGCCAAAUGAACUUAGUUCUGUAAAUGUGAUGAAUGGACAAUUGACAAAGGAUCCUUCAGGAUAUUCUAAUAUUUCUACACCGAAGAAUUCAUUUCAUGAAAUGCCUCCAGGUUUCUUCUCAACAGCUGACUUUAAGGCAAUUAUUGAUCGAAUGUCAGAAGUUCAAGAGGAGAAUUGCACUCUACGUAGAUUGAAAAAACGCUUAGAAGCUGAUUUAACAGCUAAAAGUUUAGUUAUUCAGAAGGAACUUGAUAAUUAUCUGAAAUCACCAUCAUCAUCAUCAUCACAAAAGCCUACUCCCCCUCCACCUCCUACAACCCCAGCAGUAGCGUAUUCUACAGUUGUCACUGGAUCAACAGCGUCGACGACGACGACAACAAUAGGAUCAUCAUCAUCAUCAGCAGCAGCAGCAGCGAGUCACUAUCGAGCUAUUCGGAGUAAUUCUCAUAUAGUUACCUCUUCAUCUUCACCCUCCACCACCACCUACUCUUCAACAACUUCGUCAUCAACAUCUUUAGUUGCAAAUAAUCCGUUUACAAGUUUAACAUGGUUUCCAUUCAUGAAAAGUACGCCGUCGAACUCGACUGAUUCCUCCUUCACCUCAUCGUCGUCGACGUCGUCUAUGACAUUAUCUAGUGUUAAUAUACAAACUGUGAAUCGUUUAAAGUUGAUGUGUGAAGAAUUACUCACAGAAAAUAUUCAAUUAAAAGAACAAUUACAACAGACAAAUCAAUGA